CGUGCCUCGCGCCGCGCCUGCGCAUUGGCCCCGGCCGGCUCAGCUCCGGCAGCCUCAUCGUCAUCAUGGCGGAGCCGCGAGACAAGGCGCUGCAGGACUACCGCAAGAAGCUGCUGGAGCACAAGGAGAUCGACGGGCGCCUCAAGGAGCUGAGGGAGCAGCUGAAGGAGCUGACCAAGCAGUAUGAAAAAUCUGAGAAUGACCUCAAGGCUCUGCAAAGUGUUGGCCAGAUUGUCGGUGAGGUUCUUAAACAAUUAACAGAAGAGAAGUUCAUUGUCAAAGCUACGAACGGACCAAGAUAUGUCGUCGGCUGCCGGCGUCAGCUCGAUAAAAGUAAGCUGAAGCCGGGAACGAGAGUUGCCCUGGAUAUGACCACGCUCACUAUUAUGAGAUAUUUGCCGAGGGAAGUUGACCCGUUGGUUUACAACAUGUCUCAUGAAGAUCCUGGUAAUGUCUCUUACUCUGAGAUCGGAGGACUGUCAGAACAGAUCCGGGAACUAAGAGAGGUUAUAGAACUUCCUCUGACAAAUCCGGAGUUGUUCCAGCGGGUGGGGAUUAUCCCUCCCAAAGGCUGCCUGCUGUAUGGCCCACCAGGUACGGGGAAAACUCUCCUGGCCAGAGCAGUUGCCAGCCAGCUAGACUGCAAUUUCUUAAAGGUUGUGUCUAGUUCCAUUGUCGACAAAUACAUCGGCGAAAGUGCUCGGCUGAUCCGAGAGAUGUUCAACUACGCCAGGGAUCAUCAGCCAUGCAUUAUUUUCAUGGAUGAAAUUGAUGCCAUUGGUGGCCGUCGUUUUUCUGAAGGGACUUCAGCUGAUAGAGAAAUCCAGAGAACUCUAAUGGAGUUGUUGAAUCAAAUGGACGGGUUCGACACUCUGCACAGAGUUAAGAUGAUAAUGGCUACAAACAGGCCAGAUACUCUGGAUCCGGCGUUGUUGCGUCCCGGAAGACUGGACAGGAAAAUUCAUAUUGACUUGCCGAACGAACAAGCCAGAUUAGACAUCUUGAAGAUUCACGCUGGGCCUAUCACUAAACAUGGCGAAAUAGAUUAUGAAGCAAUCGUGAAGCUGUCUGAUGGCUUUAACGGCGCUGACCUGAGAAAUGUCUGCACCGAAGCAGGCAUGUUUGCUAUUCGAGCAGACCACGACUUUGUAGUUCAGGAAGACUUCAUGAAGGCGGUGAGGAAAGUUGCGGAUUCCAAGAAGUUGGAGUCGAAGUUGGACUACAAGCCUGUGUAAACUUCAGCGGGCGGCUAACGGAUGACGAACUGCAUGGGAACGCUGGGGGCUUAAUGGGUUACUUGAGAAACAAACGUAUCCCUUCCUUGUGUCCUUUUUUGCGAGUGUCUGUGUUAUACCGGUAAGCAAGUCAGUGGCGAGUCCACUGCCAGGGAGUCUGCUGCAUUUGAAAAACAGAUCUGAAAACGCUGGCCUUCGACGCAGCCCCCACUUAAGAGCAGAAUAAAUUGUGUUCUCACGUUGCAACUUUAUACAUAUGCCAAUCGGUUUCCUUUGGCAGAUUGGAGGAUGGCGCAUUUCUUAUUUUAUAUCAUUUAAUACUUUUCCCCCUUUAAACAAUCAAAUAAAACUUGUUUGAACCCUC